AUGGCAGGGAGAAAGCAAAUUUCAUUUCAAGAUAAACUCAACGUCAUCAGCGAUGUUGAUGAUGUAAUGAAGCAGGUUGAUGCAGCUAAGAAAUAUGGAUUAUCUCAAUCUACAGUUGCAACGUUCCUCAAGAAGAGGAAACAUAUUGAAGAUGCUGUGAGAUCAAAUUUAGUUAAUCCCAAGCAAAAACGAUUAAAAGUCGCGACUAAUGAAAACAUUGAUGCUGCCAUCCUGAAGUGGUUUCAAGACAUGAGGGCAACAAAUAUCCCAAUAAAUGGACCCUUAUUAUGUGCACAAGCACGGAAAUAUGCAGCAAUGCUAGGGAACGAAACUUUUAAAGCUAGCAAUGGAAAUAGUUUUGAAUCUCCAAACAUCUGUGUCCCAACUCGAGGAAAAACGGGCAAAAAAUAUGGUGUGAACGUGGAGGAUUAUUUGACAGCGGAUGACGAUCUUACUGUUUUCGCAGGAGUUACUGAUGAAGAAAUUCUCUCUGAAAUUACUGGUGAGAUGGAACAUAGUGGAGAAGAAGACGAUGAGGAGGAAGAAGAAGAUGAUGAUGAUAAUACGAGUCCAUCACAAUCCUUAUUGUCGACCCAGGAAGCACUUCAAUCAGUCAAAUCUCUGCGGACAUUUUUUUCAAGUCUUCCAUCCACAAACGAGGAUCAUUUUCGUGCUUUGGACUCAAUGCUUAGUGGUGGUGCUGCAUAA